GAUGGGCUACGACGACUACAAUGAUUACGAUGGGAAGUGGAACUCAUCUAGAGGGAGGAGUUCCCCCUACUCGGGGCAGGGAGGGAAUUGGGGGUCGUCCUAUGAACAGCGGGAUGAUUACGCACCUCAAGGAGAGGCAUCAAAGACUCAAUUAUUCAUACGUCACUUACCACCAGACAUGGACGAGAAUGGGGUUAGAAAUAUGUUUGGAAAAUUUGGUCCAAUUGAAAGUGUCCUCUUCCGUGGUGACGGUGGUGCAUUGGUAUUCGUACGCUUUCAAUACCCCGAGUCAGCUCAAGAUGCCAUCAGUCAGAUGAACAACUUCACAGUACCUUGGCCCACUGGUGGUCCAUACACUCUAUUAGUAGAGUAUGCUAAACCAAAACUAGGUCGAGGUGGAAAGGGUAAAGGCAAAGGCAAGGGCUCAUUUGACAAUGGAGAUUGGGAAUCUUCCACCAUUCCUCCGUCUCGAGCUCCACGUGAGAGGAGUAGAUCUCCUUAUAGUGGUAGAUGGGAUGACAAUAUACCGGGUAAAGGCAAAGGCAAAGGAGGAGGAGGAGGAGGACCUCGGGGUCUAAGGGAAGCAACUUGUUUGGUCUAUAACGUUCCCGAAGGCACCACAUGGGAACAUCUAAAGAACUUCUUCGCGCGUGCUGGCUAUGAGUGUCCAUAUACUCGUGUCGACACUACUAAAGACGGUCAGCCUGUGGGGAUAGCCUCCUUCGACACGAUUGAGAGAAUGGUUGACGCUAUGAGAGCACUAUCGAACUCAACAAUGUUCUUCGCUAACAACUCGUCGGCAACAAGUACUGUUAUCCACAUGGAACUAGACGGCUUGAAACGUCCGACACCAGAAGCAUUUUUUCGAACUAUUCAAGACUUCGUGGAGAAAGAAGAUUCCCCUCCGAUAGCAGAGAGCGGCCUCGAAGGUCCAUGUACGGUCUAUUGUGGUGGUUUGGCAAAUGACGUUCCAGUCGAGGAGCUUACUUCAAUGUUUGCACCCUUCGGACAGAUAUUGCGUCUAGAUGUGAAGCCACCAUUCCACGAGUGGAAGGGGUCCUAUGCUUUCAUAUUGUAUGAUAAUCCCGACAGCGCAAUUGCAGCAGUGAAAGCACUGAAUGGUAUGGAGAUGUCUGGCGCCCCCAAUGGAAGAAUUCAAGUCGAUAUUCAACAACAAAGGAAGCACUGGCCUGGUUACACUGGCCGUUAAGAAUGAGAGGGCAACAGCGAUUAAGUGUCUUAUCGCCACUACCUUACAAAUCUGACUUGUCCACCAGGACGC